UUUUUUUUUUUUUUGCAUUGUGUAGCUAAUGCAGGGUAGUGUUUGUUUUUAAUGUUUCUGCUAAAAUAUUUCGAAAAACUAUGAAUAGGUUGACUGUAGGUUUCGGAAACACAAACGUGCGUAAACAGAAAAGAGCGAAGUAGCAGAGAUUAUAAUACUUCUGAGUUUUUUUUUUUUCUGUUUUGUGUAAUGAAACGAUGCCGCUGGGUUUAAAGCCAUGUUGUGCUGUCUGCAAGACGAAUUCGUCGUCGAUGUGGAAAAAGGGAAACCAGGGAGAAAUCCUGUGUAACAACUGUACAGCUAAAAGCAGCAUCACAGGAGCAGCAGGACUGGCGCUGUCCUCCAGCACGCAGCAGAGCAACGGCGGCGGCAAGCAGUCUAAACAGGAAAUCCACCGGCGGUCAGCUCGAUUAAGAAGCACCAAGUACAAGGCGCCUGCGUCUGAGAAGAAAGUUUCAUCAAAAGGAAAAGGAAGACGCCAUAUUUUUAAACUAAAAAAUCCUAUUAAAGCUCCUGAGUCCGUGUCCACCAUAAUCACAUCCGAGUCGAUCUUCUACAAGGGUGUUUACUAUCAGAUAGGGGAUGUGAUAAAGGUAAUAGACGAAGAGGAUGGUAAACCUUAUUUUGCACAGAUCCGUGGCUUUGUUCAGGACCAGUACUGUGAGAAAAGUGCUGCAUUAACGUGGCUGAUCCCUACACAGUCCAGUCCAAGAGACCACUUUGAUCCAGGCACUUACAUAGUUGGUCCAGAAGAGGAUUUGCCCAGAAAAAUGGAAUACCUUGAAUUUGUUUGCCAUGCACCGUCAGAAUAUUUCAAGUCAAGGAGCUCCCCAUUUCCAACAAUACCUAUUCGCCCAGAGAAAGGCUACAUUUGGACCCAUAUUGGACCUACGCCCACUGUGGCAGUCAAAGAAACUGUUGGUUGUAAUUAAAUGUAACUUUAUACACUGAAAUCAAUAUUCAAAUAUUGAUUAAGGGAGCAUUUUAAUCCUUAUUAUGUCAAAGGCAAAAUGUUCUUUCUUCUGAUGUUCCUCUCAGUAUAAUGGUAGCCUAGUGUGGCUAUCACGUGACUGUUUCAUGGUUAAGUUGUUACCAGUUUGGGUAACAAGUGAAAACUAGCACACAUUUUCUCAGACACAUUUUGGAAAGACUAACGCCGCAUUGUAAUGUACAAUGGAAAGAGAACAAGGCUAGUCCUCUAGAAGACCUCAUCCCUGCCCAUAUUGUUGUAAAAUUCUAAAUAGUUGGACAGACCUCUGUGCUGGAUGUUCAAGCAGAAAGUAAUAAUUGUAAAUAAAGUAUUUGUCAUUUGUUAAACAGAAAAAUGAA